UCUCUACCAAGAGCGGGUUGGUUUAGCAGGCUUAUAAUGACGACGAUUUUGAUUGGUUAGAGCGCGGCAAUUUGAUUGGUCGGUAAUGACAAGGUGGGCGUGGCUAAUCGUCAAUGUUUAUCCAGCCCGUUGACCGUGUGUAACCGCAUCAAGGACUCUACAAUGUGAUUUCAUGACAUUGGUCUUUUAAUAUAUUUUCGCCCUUUGUCCUGAAAGCAAUAUGUACCUGAGUCUGACAUGGGGACUCGCUGACAGGUGAAGCGCAGACGACCGAGGAAACAGUCGGGAUGGCGGGCGCCUUUGGAUUCAAAGGAUCAUGCCAGAAAAUUCGAGGUCCGGAGAUUAGAAAUUUGCUGGAGGCGAAGGAGUUUUUCCUGUUCGACUGUGAUGGGGUGAUAUGGCACGGAGAAAACGCGAUCACGGGCGCGCCGAAGGUGGUGAAUUCACUGAUCAGGCACGGCAAAAAUGUGUUUUUCGUCACCAACAAUUGCACCAGGCCGCGGGAGAAUUAUGUGAGCAAGUUCUACCGACUGGGCUUCACUGAUGUAAUGCAGGAGCAGAUCUUCAGCUCCUCCUACUGCUCGGCACUGUACCUGCGAGACGUCGCCAAAGUCCAGGGUAAGGUGUUUGUGAUCGGAUGCGAGGGAGUGCGCAAAGAGCUGCGGGAGGCGGGGGUCCCCUUCCUGGAGGAAGACGACCCGCCCGACGCCACCAUUUACAACUGCGCCCUCAGUCCGGAUGUCAAAGCAGUGCUGGUUGGACACGAUGACAAACUGACUUUCCUCAAAUUAGCCAAAGCAUCGUGCUAUCUGAGGGACCCGGAAUGCCUGUUCCUGGCCACCGACAAUGACCCAUGGCACCCCCUGAGAGAUGGACGGAUACUGCCAGGGUCUGGAUGCCUGACUGCAGCCCUGGAGGUGGCCUCAGGUCGCAAGGCCACCGUGAUCGGCAAGCCCAGCCGCUUCAUGUUUGAGUGCAUCUCCAGCCAGUUCAGAGGGGUGGACCCGGCCCAGUGCCUGAUGGUGGGGGACCGGCUGGAGACAGACGUGCUGUUCGGGUCCAACUGCGGCCUGGACACCAUGCUUACCCUCACCGGCGUGUCUCAGAUCGAGGAGGCCGAGGAAUACAGAGAUAGCGAGCACUCCCCCAACCAGAGUCUGGUGCCCGACUACGUGGUGGACACCAUUGCAGACUUCUUACCUGCUUUUGAGGAUCAGGACUAGCUGAAGGAGUCCUGCCGCUUCAUGCAUGGAACAUACUGUAGCUUACAUCUAUUACAUUCCAAGUGCAAUGGUUGAUACUGUAUCUGCAAAAAGCACAAUCUCAUCCAAGGUUAUCAGAACUGAAAGGGAUGCCGUCUGUUUCCCCAUAACAUGGCACUUUGUGUAAAUUAAUGCCUCAUGUAUAUCAGAGUAUUGAGACUUAGUAAGGGCAUGAGGUGCUGUGUUUAUUGUCCAUUUAAUUUGUGAUCAGGACACACCUGGGAUAGAAUAUUCCACUGCAAACUGUCAAAAUAUCCCAGUGCAUAAUACCCAAGUGUUGCUUCUAGUGUUGUCCCAAUUGUGACUUAAAACAGGUUUCUUGUUGCUGUUAAGUGUUAACUAUGAAUAUAAGGCACUUUCCUGUUUGUAAUAAGUUUUUAGGCUGUGUUUGAUAUUGGGUUUUGAAUAUCCAAAGGUAUUUUUGUAAAGCAGUGAAUUGUUCUGUGAUGGCAUUCUUAAAAUCCACGACGCGUUUCAGAGCUGACUGUUCACCCGUUGCCAAUAGGCAGAAAAGUGGAGUGGAGUUGUUUUCCCUAAUAUUUGACUGGGAGUGAGGUUUUUCCUUUAAGAAUGAUUGAUGACGGCAAGUUGAGAGAAAAAAAAAAAACAAAAAACACUGAAAAAAUGGACUGUGGGUGAGCUUUUUAGUUCUAGUAGAGAAAAUCUGCCAGACAGCCAAUGUGUAUACUCACUUUUGGCCUUUCUCUCGUGUCUGUAACGCUGUGCUACUUGUGCCAAUAUUCAUCUGGGUAAUAAAAAUAAGUUAUGAAUUCACAUUGUUAGAAAACCAAGAACACAUUCAUGGUGAUCAGUCACCUAGCACUAUUGUGAAAUUUCUUUGUUGUUAAUGUUUACCAUAUACUGCAUGCUGGCAACCCUAAGCUACAAUAAAUACCUGAAAUUAUCAGUUUA